GCGACUGGCUGGCUGGCUCUUUUCUGAACAAUGCGUAGAAAGGUCUCACAUACAACCAACCCACUGACAUGCGUCUACUAUGUCCAUCAGUCGAACCAAACAAACGUCCACUGCAGACAGACAGCACAUCCACUGCAUCCACCGCAACAAUGGCCACCUGAAGGCACAAACACACAACAGACGGAUGACCAGCCAGCCAGGAGCAGCCCAGUUCUCUGUGUGCGAGUGUGUCGGUCACCCACCCAUGGAAACUGCCAUCUAGAAGUAUACAGGCCCAAAGGGAAAGCCGAGGGGGAGGCCGACGAAUCGGGGCCGCUCGCUACCUAAAGGCGUGGCGCACACAUCCAUGCUGCACAGCCGUGGGCGGGUCAGCAAGCGAUGCACUCCUCCCUCCCUCCAUCCCGCUCUGGCUGCCUUGCUCCUCCAUCGCUCACUCACUCACUCGGCGGCCGUUGGACGAUAAGGCGAAUGGGCUCGAAGGAGCUGUCGCCCUUGCCGGCGAACCCCUCACUGACGGGCAGGCCAACGUCGACGGUGCGCUCCUCGAGGGUGUGGACUGCAACGCCCAUGUAGCUCACCGGGUAAAAGGGGUGCUUCUUGACCAUAUCCGUGACGAAGAUAUAGGCGGGUGUCCCGGCUGUGACACGGAUGGGAAAUGGUCCUCUGCUGAUGCUGCCGCCCUCCACCAGCUCCACCCAUUUCUCGAGCACCUGUCGUGAGCUGCGAGGGCUGGCCGUCGGAGCGUUGGGGAAGGCACUGAGGGCCUUGUGAGUGGCGAAGGGGCGGCGGGGGACAGAGGCGAGUGGGAGCGGCCGCGACGCAGUGAAGGGGGCGGGGCCGAUGAACAAUGGUGGAUCAGCAGACGGCUGCACACACACACACAGAGAUUCAUGUCGGUGUGUGUGCACUCUGCCUGUUUGUGUGCGGCCGGCGCUUCCGACAAACUGACCUGUGUGCUGGUUUGCAGGCAUCCACACGUGAGCCAAACAGGAGGGCCAAGAAGCAGCGGCAGCUCAGCAGGGAACCCAUCGAGAAAGAUCUCUACGUGAUUUCGCUGGCAUCGCUGCCCUGCCCGUCGAUGAACAGAAUAAGCUCGUCGUAGAUAGCAGAUCUCAACCCCAUACCGCUGACUCCCUUCACUGUCGCUGGGUGUACG